GGCAGCUCUCUAAACCCUCCAAUGCGUCUCUUCUCCUCUCGAGCAACAUGCUGGCUAUCGUCGCUCCGAGUUCCCCAUCCCAGCGCCAGCCUGCGUUCUAAUGCCGUGCGGUGGAAUUCCUCAUUCUCCGCCGACCAAUUCGCCCAGCUCGCCAGUCGCCAGUCCUCCCGACACCAAAUCUACCAAUCUCUCUCCACCGAUCCCUACGUGAACCUCUCCAUCGAACACUUUCUGCUGGAGCAUGCGCCAGCAGACUCGAACAUCCUCUUCCUAUAUAUCAACCGACCGUGCGUGGUAAUCGGGCGCAAUCAGAACCCAUGGCUCGAGACCAACCUUCGAGUGCUACAUAAUGACCGCGGAACCGCGGAGCACGGAAUCCACUCCUACAAUGACACCGAAGAUGCGCUCUACGUCCGACGACGGUCUGGCGGUGGUGCCGUCUUUCACGACGAGGGCAAUCUCAACUACAGCGUGAUCUCCCCGCGACCGACAUUCACACGCAACAAACAUGCGGAGAUGGUCGUGCGCGCAUUGCACCGUGUCGGAGCGACCACGACCAGCGUCAAUGACCGCCACGACAUCGUCAUGUCCCUUGACGAAGGGCAAUCCCAACCUCGAAAGAUCUCCGGCUCAGCGUUCAAGCUUACGCGACACCGCGCGCUUCACCACGGCACCUGCCUACUCGAUUCGCCCAACAUCAAUUCCCUCGGUUCGUUCUUACGAUCGCCCGCAAGAGACUACAUCAAGGCCAAAGGCGUGGAAAGUGUGCGAUCCCCCGUCGCCAAUGUAUCGUCCGUGUUCGCCGACGCCUCCAUCCCAUUCGGAAUCCAAGACGUGAUCGCCAAUAUCAUGACGGAGUUUGCAGAGCUAUACCAGACCAAUCCGGAUGCUGUGCGCCGCGCGCAGCGUGCCUAUGUCCACGACGCAGAGCUAUACGCAGGAGACGAUUGGGUCGUCGGAGCGGUGGGAGAAGCCCAAGGCUACGAAGAGCCCGAGAUCAAGAAAGGCAUCGACGAAUUACGAUCGCUGGAAUGGAAAUACACGCAAACGCCCCAAUUCAUCUUCUCGACUUACCCCGUGGAAGAGGAUCCUCGCGAACGCCCCGCCCUUCCAUCAUCCCUACCUCCUUCUACACGUGUGUUUCUCCGCCUCAAACACGGGGCCAUCCUGGAGAGCCACAUCUCCGUCUCGUCCGAUUCCUCCGUCGGCUCGGAGCAGGCUGCCCGUCUGCAGGAGGCACUCAAGGGGCGUAAGCUUCACGAGAUCCGGCCGACCCACUGGAAAGAGAUUCUAUACGAACAGUUGGGGGCGGAAGAGGAUGCAGCUACUAUAGAGGAACUCGCUAGGUUUAUUGCGACUAAACUUGGGUGGGUCUAGAUACGAGAUUACUACCCUCUUCACUUCAUAUUGCAU